GGCGCGGACCUCACGGCCCUGCCCGUCGCCGUGACGCCACAGGCCUCGGCCCUGCUCGAAAGCCUACUCGCCUCCUUCUGCCAGACGCGCGACUGCGAGCUGCAGAGGAGGCCGUUCUUGCUACUGCGGCCGCAGGUGCCGCGGGGACGGUCCAGGAGAAGCAGCAAAAAUGUCAAAUGAGCCACCCCCUCCUUACCCUGGAGGCCCCACAGCCCCCCUUCUGGAGGAGAAAAGUGGAGCUCCGCCCACCCCAGGCCACACCUCCCCAGCUGUGAUGCAGCCCCCACCAGGCAUGUCGCUGCCCCCUGCAGACAUUGGCCCCCCACCCUAUGAGCCACCAGGUCACCCAAUACCCCAGCCUGGCUUCAUCCCCCCACAUGUGAAUGCAGACGGCAGUUACAUGCCUCCAGGUUUCUACCCUCCUCCAGGCCCCCACCCACCCAUGGGCUACUACCCGCCGGGGCCCUACCCACCAGGGCCCUACCCUGGCCCUGGGGGCCACACAGCCACGGUCCUGGUCCCUUCAGGGGCUGCCACCACAGUGACAGUGCUGCAGGGAGAGAUCUUUGAGGGUGCGCCGGUGCAGACAGUGUGUCCUCACUGCCAGCAGGCCAUCACCACCAAGAUCUCCUAUGAGAUCGGCCUGAUGAACUUCGUGCUGGGCUUCUUCUGCUGCUUCAUGGGGUGUGAUCUGGGCUGCUGCUUGAUCCCCUGCCUCAUCAACGACUUCAAGGAUGUGACGCACACAUGCCCCAGCUGCAAAGCCUACAUCUACACGUACAAGCGCCUGUGCUAACGGAGCUGGGACUGGACUCCCUGCUGUCAGUCUGGCCCCCGUGCUUUGCUCCCUGCGCUCAGUGGCUCGCUUCCCCACUCCCACUUGGAGGUGGAAGCUGUUCCAUCAGUCCGUCCCCUGGAAUUCUUGUCCUCUUCACCUUGCCCCUCCCUGAGCAUCUGACUCUUGCGGCAAAAAUUCUG